CCCUUUCAUCCGUAUGAAGAUAAGUGGGGGACCAUUGAACAGUACUUCUACAAGUUUGAAUUUAUCGCCCAUCUUUACGGGCCACCAGAAGAUAAAUGGAACAUCCGAUUAGCACUCGCGCUUGUCGGAGAUGAUUAUGAAGCAUAUAGCAAUAGGUGUGCCUACGAUAUCCAAAGCUAUCCCGACCUCAACGCUGCGUUGUUAAAGAGGUAUAAACCAACAACGUCAAGGUAUAACAGAAGGCUCCGCAGUUCACAACUGGAAAAAGAGGAAAUAGUAAAACUCUGUUGUAAACAAAUU